UACUCCAAGAUUAUCGCAUGUUUGAUGGUUAGAGCGGUUGAGGAGUGUGUGGGGAGUGUGAUAGGAGAGGGAGAGGCCUUUUUCGUGCUGGAGAUCGUGCCCAACAUUGGUCAGAAAAUCACAGAAUCAUUUCAGUUGAUCGCAUGUUCUUCCAACAAAUGCACAUUCUUUCUGUAGUGUAAUUAUUUCCCCGUCCCUCGUGCAUUUGUCAGUGAAUCCUGCUCAAAGUUUAAUUGUUGAGAGUGUAAUUUUUGCAUUGAGUGUUAAGUGCAGUUUUCCAAGAACUGUAUUUAGAAGUGGCUGGAAGCUGAUUACCUUGACCGCCAAAGGUACCGCCGAGAGUGUGCGUUAUUUAUUUUUCAUUUUCUGCGCCUGAUUUUGUGUAUUUGUGAAAAACCAUGCCAGCUGAGAAAGUUGGUCCAAAUAGGGUUAUGCCCUCGGACUCAUACACCAUCACCGAAAAGGAUAAUUAUGUAAAACUUAGGAUUGGAAAUGAUGGAAUUGCAGCGCAGGAUCCCAUAUCUGUGCCCACCCUCCUCAACCGAUCAGCUCGGGAUUAUCCCAAUCAUCCUGCUCUUGUGUACAAAAAUCCCAACAAUGUGUGGCAGACAGUAACAUACUCUGAGUACAAAGCAAAUGUUUACAAAGUGGCCAAAGCGUUCAUUAAACUUGGCCUGCAGCCUCGUCAUUCCGUUGGGAUUCUGGCUUUCAACAGUCCUGAGUGGUUCUACUCCGAAUUGGCCGCAAUCCAUGCUGGAGGAAUUGUUACGGGCAUCUACACGACAAAUUCGGCGGAUGCUGUUUAUCAUGUGUUGAGCACUUCGGAGGCAAACAUUGUGAUCGUGGAUGAUAGUAAGCAAAUGGAGAAAGUUCGAUCCAUUAGGCACAAAUUGCCACAUUUGAAAGCUGUCGUCCAAACUUUGCCUCCCUAUGAGCCCUUCGUGAAACGAGAGGAUGGAUAUUAUCGUUGGUCAGAGCUAGAGGAGAUGGAUGUAGAGGAGUACACAGAGGAGCUGAAUAAUCGACUGGCAAGGAUGGCUAUCAAUGAGUGCUGUUGCUUGGUGUUUACGUCUGGUACUGUGGGAAAUCCCAAAGGAGUCAUGCUGAGUCAUGACAAUAUCACGUGGGAUGCUUUUACAAUUGGAAAGCGUCUACCGGGGAUUCAGUAUGGCAAGGAGACUCUCAUUUCUUACUUGCCACUUAGUCAUGUUGCAGCUCAGAUUGUGGAUAUUUUUCUAACACUUCAAUUUGCAGUGACAGUGUAUUUUGCCGAUAAAGAUGCCCUUAAGGGGACUCUGGUGAAGACUCUUCAGGAAGCCAGACCUACACGAUUUCUCGGAGUCCCACGGGUCUAUGAGAAAAUCCAAGAAAAAAUGCUCCAAGUUGGUGCUCAGAAUUCGGGGAUUAAGAAAAUGAUUGCCACAUGGGCUAAAUCUGUGACCCUUGAGCAUCACAUGAACAUCAUUGAGGGCAAUCCUUCAGCCAGUUGGCAGUACAAAGUGGCUAAGAAUAUCAUCCUGAAGAAGGUGAAGGAGGCCCUUGGACUCGACAGAUGUCAAACCAUCGCCAGCGCAGCAGCUCCAAUGUCACCUGAUCUCAAGAAAUACUUCAUGAGCCUCGAUCUUCCAGUAAUGGAAGCCUUUGGAAUGUCAGAGACGACAGGAGGACAUUCCCUGACCAAUCCAGAUUCCUACAAUUUCAACACGAUCGGCCGUCAAUUGCCAGGAACUGAGACAAAGAUCCAUGAGCCAGAUGAGAAAGGACAUGGGGAGAUCUGCAUGCGUGGCAGGAAUAUCUUCAUGGGCUACUUGAGUGAGCCGGAAAAGACCAAAGAUGCUCUCGAUGAUGAAGGAUGGCUCCAUUCCGGAGACAUUGGCUACAUUGACGAUCGUGGAUUCCUAUACAUUACAGGACGGCUGAAGGAGCUCAUUAUUACAGCUGGCGGGGAGAAUGUACCUCCGGUUCAUGUGGAGCAUCUCGUGAAGAAUGAAUUACCGUGCGUGAGCAAUGCUUUCCUGGUGGGAGACAAGCGCAAGUAUCUCACGAUGCUCCUCGCACUUAAGACUGAAAUGGACGUGGAUAGCGGAGCUCCAAAGGAUGAAUUGCAUCCUGAAACGUUGAAUUGGUUCAAACCACUUGGAGUUGAUUACACCAAAUUGUCUCAGGUUCACGAAGCUGGACCAUGUCCCAAAGUACUCAAAGCCCUUGAAGAUGGCAUUGCUAGGGCUAAUAAAUUUGCAACGUCCAAUGCUCAGAAGAUCCAAAAAUUCAAGCUCCUUCCGCACGAUUUCUCCGUGCCGACUGGUGAAUUAGGUCCAACACUUAAAGUGAAACGAAAUGUAGUUGUGAAUAUGUACGAGGAACUCAUUGAGAGUCUGUACAAGGACUAAACUCUGUUGGAUUGGGUAUUUUUUUUUCUGAGAAAAUUCUUACCACCAACGCAAAGUGCCACAAAGAAAAACUUAGAAUUUAAGCACCAAGUCACAACACAAAUAAUUACUUAAAUAGUUUAUUUUUCUUUCCAUUUACAUCCUUUGCAGUUACUUAGUUCAUUCCAUGGCUACAAAUUUUCUAUCUUAAAAAAAUACUUAUUAAUAUAUUUUGAAUGGGGAAAAUAUUCUUUUUACAAUUCUUAGUAAAUUUUUUUCUAAUAUAAUACUACUACAGGGCGUUAACUAGAUAGAUAGAAGCAUUUCAAGGGGGUUGUACACUGAAUGUUGUAGAUGUACAUUUGCCACUUAGAAAGAAAUUACUUGUUUUGUAAGUACAAAAAAAUGCAUUAAAGAUUGCAGUAGAGAAGGAGUGAAGAUAAAGAAAAAAAGUUAAAGACAAUUGGAAAUUCUUGGCAAAAAUGAAAAGAGUGAUAUAUAAAAUGUAAGCAAAAUGAUUCAUUGUUAAACUGAAGAGGAGGAAGAGUAAUAAAUUUUUUAUGAGCCUUUAA